AUGGCCGAUGUUGAGAUGAGCGAUGCGCCUGUCGCCAAGAAGGCCGAGGGCUCCAACAGCAAGAGUGUCGAGGGCAAGAAGAAGUUUGAGGUCAAGAAGUGGAACGCUGUAGCCCUUUGGGCUUGGGAUAUCGUGGUCGAUAACUGUGCCAUCUGCCGUAAUCACAUUAUGGAUCUGUGCAUCGAAUGUCAGGCGAACCAAGCAUCUGCUACCAGCGAAGAAUGCACUGUGGCCUGGGGUAUCUGCAACCAUGCAUUCCACUUCCAUUGCAUUUCACGAUGGUUGAAGGCUCGAUCUGUUUGUCCCCUGGACAAUAGGGACUGGGAGUUCCAGAAGUACGGGCGAUAG